AAAAAUCACGCUCCGCAUUCAUCUCUCAACAGUGCAAGACAGACCGAAGUGUGUUUCAAAUAACUGCUUUUGGGAAAGCAAACUUACUUUAACUCAAGUUUUUAAAUGAAAAGGAUAGCGCUCGUUUCCAAACGUCAUCCAAGAAGCACAAGGUUUUGAGUUCCAGCUAAUUUGUUCGGGAAAUCAGGUGCUCCCCUCUCCCCCAUCCUGUCCUCUCUGCAUGGUCAUGUUCUGCUGUUGCUACCCCUCCAGCACCUCAGCUCUCCUGUUAGUCCUCCUCAGCCUCACCCCCUUGCCGGCCCUGGCUGCUCCUGCACUUCAGCAGAGAUCUUCAAUCAGCAGCAUCGAUGAGGCUCUCCACUUGGCAAAAGAGGACCCGGGGGCAACAGAAGGAGAUGCUUGGACACACAGGAAAGUGGACAGCCUGCUCCAGAAACCCCUGGGACAGGAACUUGUUUCAAAUAUGGACUCUGCCAGUGCUCUAGCCUCAGUUCUACUUGAGGCGCUUGACCACCCAGUUAGAGAGAAGAUGGCCCAGGGGAAUUCUGAAGAAGCACUCCUGAUAGAGGCGACAAGGAAUCAGGCAGUGAUGGAGCAGGACAUGGAAAAAUCAUCAGAGUCAGUUCAUCAAGGUGAGGAAAAUGGGGGACAAGAAAAGCCAGAAGAUGGAAGUGAGAGUGAGAACAGUGUGAAUACGGUUAAAGCAGUGGAUGGAGAACUGCAGAGUCAGUCUGACGUAGCCUCCUCCCUCCAACGCAAAGCCAGGGGUUAUUUCCAAAAUAUUGACCUAGGACUGCAAGACAAUGAGAUCCUCCCACCUUUGAAAGGCUACAAAGCCUAUAACCAGCAGCUGGCCCAGGCCACUAAGAAGCUGAAGUGGCAGGAGGAGCGAACAAAAAGCCCAUCGCAGCUUGAAAGAAACUUUAUGGAUGAUUUUGACUUUGUAGAAGAGGAGGAGGAAGAGAUUCUGACCCGCAAGGAGGAAGAGGCACGGGCAAGGGCAGAGCAGGAGGAGGUAAGGCGGCAGGAGGCAGAAGCACAGGAGGCUCGUGAGGAGGAGCAGAGACUGGCAGACAUCGCCUCUGAUAUGCUUCUGGAGUACAUGGGCAGAAAGCAGAAAUCCUCCUCCUACAUGAGAGACAUGAAUGAGGUGGCUCUUCUGAACAACGUAGCAGAGGAUAAACGCUCGAAUGAGGUAGAGGACAGUGAUGAUGAUGAUGAGAUGGAUCCCCAAACCAUCGAUAAGCUGAUCGAGAUCUCCAGCAAGCUGCACUUGCCUGCUGAUGAUGUGGUUGAAAUAAUCAGUGAUGUUCAGGAGAAGAAGAAAAAAAGGAAGGAUUUACCCCCGAACAACACCCCUCGUUUCCGUCCUCUAGUUCCCCUCAAAGCCAAGCCAAGGCCUCAGGCAUAUCAGUAUCCCAAGUCACCUAAGAAAUCCUCUUACACAGUCGAUCCAUAUAAGAAAUGGUACAAGGAGAAAAACAAAAGCAAGUUCAACAAACAGGACUACUGGUUUAAGCCGCAGAAGCAGUUUCUGGCCUAUCCCUCGUUCCCCUAUUAUCAGAAGCCAUAUCGAGCCUACUACCCAGUCUACUUCCCGGCUCCUAAACCUCGGUUCUAUACAAAUCCUGCUCUGUCAUUUGAUUACAACUUUGGGGGCUCCAUGGGGUACGGUCUGAAGCCUCCAAACCGCAGGUACAGAGACAGGCCCAAGACGAGGGACUGGAAGUGGGCGCAAGCCCCUCAGCGCCCCCAGAGCCCCUACCCACAACCUGACACUGUCAUAUCUAAUUACAUUCUCCCUCAUCCCCGAACUUACCAGGCUCUCCCCAUGCCAAAACCACGCUCUCCUCCGAGUGGGAGAGCACCUUCUUACAUUUAUCCACCAGACUAUGUGUACGAUGAGCCGGAGUCUCCACAGGAAAGUGACGAAGAACUGGAGAACUUCAUUGAGAAGAUUUAUUACAACCGUAGGUUAUUUUAGACAGUUGGAGAGUUCAGGAUUUUCUCAAGCGAUGAAUCAAGCGAUGAAAGAGUAAGGAGAAAAAGCUGACAGGGGGUUUGAGUGACAGGGCUGUAAGCAGACAGUUAGGUGUUUCUUCUCCACUCUUGUGUUUUGAUACAUUCCAAAUCAGGAACGGAAGAGAAGGUGCUGCUACAUCAGAACCUCUCUGCGUGCACUCAUUUUGUUUCUCUCGCAGUUUACAUUUUAAUUUGGUGAGAGAAUACACAGGUGAAUUUGUAAGGUUUCAUUCAGGUAUGUUUUUGAUCCUCUUGCAUGUGAAAAAAGAUAUAUAAAUAUAUAUAAAAGAAAACAAAAUGGCGAAAAGAAAACAUUUUUGGUGCCAAUUGCAAGAGUCCCAUGUUUAUACAAAGAUUUAUUUUCUUUAGGAAACACUUGAUUAAUUGAAAAGCAAGGCUUGGGGUUGAAUUCUUGACACUGCAGGGCACAGUAAUAAUUGCUAUGGCACAAGUUACACUUACAAGUAACUGUUAAAUUAUUACAGGCUUUUCCUGAGGGUCUGUUGGAUUGUUUUGAUCAAUGUUCCUAUUGCCUUAAUACUGAUCACUGUUUUAGCUCAUCCAUGUGCAUGCAGGUCUUGCACCACUUAAAAAAAAUUGAUUCAGUCACGCACGCUGUAAACAAUGCUUGAAACUAAAUCUUCCAUUUUAUUCACAGAAAUGCAAAACGGUGGAUAUCUUUGCUAAGUCGGUGCCCUGUCAAUCUACUUGGUGGAAUACCUGUACACAUGUGAAUUAAUGUGUUAACUUCACACCUUGCCAAAAUUUCGAAGAAAUUUGAAAAAUGCCCGUUACUGUGGGUUAACUCUAAUGUUUAACAACCGAGUACAGGAUUUUUGUCUCGAGAGCCAAUAGAACGCUGUAUAGUAAUGUUUGUUCUUAAAAAUAAGUUUUCAAAUGUCUGAAGUUUGUGAGGAAAACGCUGAGGGUGAACAGUUUGCACGUCUAUCUGUAUUUGCAUCUUUAAAAAAAAAAACACAAAAAAAAUCUGCCAAAUUUGAGGAAAAUUUCCUUGAUCAAACUGUGAUUAUUUAAAAAAAAAGAUUAAAAAAAAACAAAACAAAGACAACUCUAAUUACUAUAGCAAGUGUUUUCAUCAGUGAAUUGUCUUGUGAAAGGAAUUUGUUGUUGUCAACUUCCAGAUUGUAAGUUGUACAGUGUCAAAUAAAACAAGUGUGUGUGCAAUGUGUAAAUAACAGCAUGUUGAUUACUAGUUUUGCUAUAUGACGAAAAUAAAAGCAAUUAUUUUAUUAAA